AUGGCACGUCUUCUUGAUGUUACAAAAUUAACUAUCUCAGUCCCAUCUGCCUCACCACACUUUCCUGCAAUGAUGGUUGCUGUUGAACAAUGGAAUUCAGUUAAUAGUGCUAUUCGUAUUAUUAUAGAAAACAUACCACCAUCAAUUUCUCAUGCAGAAUUACUUGGGUUAUUGUAUCGUUUUUCAGGAACAUUAGGAAAAUAUGCCAAGAAACUUGAGUCAUUUGCAGCUACACCAAUUCAGUGGAAUGAUAUAAAAUCUAAUUACAAUCAAUAUAUUGAAUAUUAUUCACAAAAAAUACCUGAAAAUACUUCUGUUAAUCCUGAACAAUUUGUAUUUAAUUUAGCUAGAAAUAAAUUAGGAGAAGCAUUACAACAAAAAGAAGAAUGUAAAAUGAAUCAACAACCAGUUAAUGAUAUAAUAAAAAGGUUAUUUUUCCAGUGUGAUGAUUUAUUUAAAUUGUUAUUAGAAUGGUGUGACCGAGAAGAAGAAUCAACAAUGGUAUUAAAAUUCAUUGAAUUAAUUCAAGAAGUAAUAAGUGGUUUUUAA